AUGCCAAAAGGCGACUCGGCGGUGCGCGGGCCAACGAUGACGUCACCGUCAAAGCUGGCGUCGCGCGCACCUCCGGCUCGAUCGGCCAGCAGGUACCGGCGUCCGAACGCGCGGCCGCGCAAGCAGCAGCAAGCAACCUUCCCGGCCGUUCCUAGCCUUGGGCACAUGGCACCGCACAGCCCUGCCGUAUCGCGCCCCGCCGCAGCGGCGCCGCCAUGGCUUUCUUCUGCCUCCAUGCGGGGCACACCAGCAGCCCAGCGGAUGCCGUCCACCCACUACGCCGCACGUAAUUUCUCCGAUGCGGCGCGGGUCCCACGCCCACCCAAAGCAGAAACGUGGAUGACUCGUCAGACGCACGUGAGAGCGCUUCAGAGCUCUCCAGCGGCGCUGGCGGCAGCACCCACGGCGACGGAGGCCCCGGCCUACUACGUUGUCGGCGGCGCCGUCGUGAACCCGCAGCUGAUGGUGUCGCCGGCUGUCCAAGAGGAAAUACGGGAAGUGCGGUCGCUAAGCGUAGUUCCUGACGCGCUUCUCCGCCCAGGCAUUGGGCCGCAGCUCAACGAUACCCACGGCGCGGCGGCAGCGGCUGCCUCGGCCGGCGGCGAAACGCAGCGCAAAAGCGGGUCUCCGGACAGAACCCGCGCAUAUGGAGGAGGGACGUGGGGGGCGGCCAGUGGCGGCACCUCGCGCCGGCUACGCGGACGUGCAGCACCGCCGACCUGCGCCGCCUCGUCCUCCGUCGAGAGAGACACAGGUGACGUCGUAGUCACGGUGGAGGCGAUCCGCACCGGCCGCCCUCGCGCCGAGAACGUACCGCUACUGCAGCAGACCCUCGAAAACACCGCCACGGCGAGCUCGCUAGGCCUUUUGCGUCGCCUCUACGGCACCACAGGCGAGGAUGUGAUCGAGGUUGCCCGCACAAACCCGCGCAGCGGUGCGUUGGAGCCGCCACGGCUGCAGUAUCACCUCGCCCAAGAGCUGCUUCCCGAGCUUACGGGGGCCGAAGCACAGCUCAAGACCCUCGCAAGUGCUCGACGGCGCAUUGACUGGGAUGUGAGCAUCCCAACUGCCGACACGCUUCCGCCUCCCGCGAUCGCCUUCACGACGGCGAGCAACGGUGCGCCGGUGGCGACGCUAAACUCGGUUCGCUUUAGAGUGGACACAAGCACGCUCGUGAUGCAGCGCGACUAUGCGACAGAUGCUGCCACAGCCGUUGGCGGCGGCACGCCGGUGGCUGGGGCGGCAGUGGCCUCUGUCGGUGGGCGCCCGCGCACGGCGAAGUCUGCGCUCAUGCAUGAGGAAGAAAAUGUCGGCCUCGACAUCACCCGCGAGGACCGCAUUGGUAGCAGUGGGUUGUACUGCAUUCACCAUCUCGUUGGGCUGCGGCCCGGCUUAGGCGAGCAGGUUGGGCUGGAGCGCGUGCUCGAGUACAAGGUGGUCGCGUCAGUGAGGAACCUGUUCAUUGCACCACCCUACAUCAACUCCAGCACCGGGGACCUUUUCAUGGAGCUCAACACCUCACUGCAAGGCACGGCGAAGCUCGCCAUCACUGGCGUGGACUGCGGCAGCGUGGACCCGGACGCAGGGGUUGUGCUGAAGAGCAGCAACACGCUGACCUGCUAUCUCGUGUUGCAGCAUAGUACGAGCACAGCUGCCACCAAGGCGGAGCGUGACCAGACGGUCGCCAGCACUCUGGGUGGUGGUAGCACGCAUUACGCACACGUGCCGUCGGCCGCAGCGCGAUUUGCGCGCGCGAUCACGGCCGGGACUGCGGCAAGCGCCGCCACCAUGGCACAGCGCUCUGCUCGCGACAGCAGUGGCGCAGAAGCCCAAGGCACAGACGGUUUUUCUCUUUCCCUCGCUCACUUCAACCAAGAGGCCGCCGGGUCGAUCCCGGCGGCGGUGUCAGGAACCAGCCCAAGUGGUUUAAGCCGCACGCCGUCCCCAGCCAAGGACGGCGUGGCCGCCGGAGCACCGAAUCCAGUGGCGCAGCAGGGGAAGCAAGCACCCUUAGGCCAGCCGCGGCGCAACAGCCUUGAUGUGCAGAGCAUGGCCGCACGCAACGCCGCAGAAGCGGUGGCGGUGGCCAUCUCGGCCGCUUAUGCACCAGCCGCGGCAGGUGAAGCUGCGCACGACCUCCGCGGAGGGAGCGGCACGGUGGGCAAGAAGGCGGACAGCCGACAUAGCGCCCAUCACUACCUCUUUCCUGCCACCAAUCCACACGAGCUGCGCUACGCCUGUUACACAGAGGCAACGCGGCUCCGCCGGCUGCAGCAGCGCAAGAUGCAGCAGGCAGGUAAGGCCGAACAAGGAGCAGCGGCCGAGGAACGGUGUCAUCAACAGCCGCGGUGUGCAUCCGCGACCUCGAGCAGCGGUAGCCCGCCGCAGGCGAGGACCACAUUGUCGAAUGACGAGGGCGACAAGGACCUGAGUGCGACAUUGGCGGCGGACUCUGGCAGUCGAAGCCAGCUGACGACAUCGUCGGUCAGCAAGGAACGGAUGCGGCGCAAGUCAAAGGUGGAGGUGCUGGAGCUCGAGCCGCAGGUGGACACAAACGGGCCCGUCUCAGCGCCAGCCAUGACUUUGUGGGAGCCGCAGUGGUCGAAAAGCGCGUCAAACAGCGGCGGCCAGGCCUCGCUGGCGCACCGCCACGGCGACGGCUCCGAGGCUACCCCGGGGAAGAGUGGCGGCGUCCGCGACGCCGACGCAGCGGCGAACCGCGAGCUACGCGGCCCUCCCCUGCCGACCACCUUCUUCUUCAUGGACAGUCUACAGUCGCCGCUGGACUAUAUGCGGCUGACCGGGUGGCAGGACCGCCUCAUAACCCUGUUCCGCGAGGAAGACAAGGAUCUCCUGCGCAGUGAACCACGAACCCGCUUCAAGCGCGAGGCUCUUCAGGAGCUCAGCAACGGCGCGCUGGCUGGUAUGAUCGCCAACUUGUACUUGUGGAACGGCGGCAUCGGCAACAGCAGCGUCAGCGGCAGUGGCAGACGCGCAUCCUUGCACGCGCGCCGCGGGUCCUCGACGGCCGCGUCGCGCAACUUGAGCGGUGGUGCCGACAGCAUCUUCUAUCACAGCAGCACCAACAUCAACAACCCCUUCGCCAUCCUCGCAAACCGCGGCAGCGUCACGGUGAACGGCUGCAGCACCGGCGGCGGCGUGCAGCUCAAGGCCUCGGUCGAAGUGACAACGGAGAGGACGUUCGCGAUGCUGCGGCGGCUCAUCUUGUGCCUGGCAGUGGAGGAGGAACGGGCGUCGACGCAGCUGUACAACGACACAGUGCAGCUCUGCAACCAAUUCUGCCACAGCGCCUUGCUUAAGACUACCUCCCUAACGCGCGGCACCCGAGAAGGGCUGCAACAAGCGGCAGCGGCGAUCCUGUCUGCUGGGUCGCCUGCCUCACCAAGGAGGAUGUGCACGAGCGGCGGUGGGUUUGACGGCAACGCGGGGCUCUCUGGGAAGGACAUCGAGGUACUGCGCUCGCUGGAAGACGCACUGGAGCUGUCCAUGACGACCAUGCUGAUUGUCGGGGCCUACGGCGAAGCCGUCGAGUACGCGCUUCAGCGUGUCCACACGCUGUGCCUGCUGGAGGGUGAUACGGACGCGCUGGUGAACGCGGCGCAACGCGACUUGGCGGAGGCGUACUUUUUCUACGGCGACUACGUCGCAGCCGCCACAAUCGCCGAAGAUGUCGUGAUGCUCACGCGUCAGCUCUGCGACGACGUCCCCGACGCGUACGAAGUGAUCGAGGCAGAGCUGCUGUGCACGGUCGCCUGUGUCGCGGCCGGUAAGCGCGAUCGGCUUCCACACUACAUAGAUAAUCUCGAGCUCAACAUUCUUCCAGUGGACUAUGGCAGCGACAAUGUAGCGCGCGCGGCGCAGCCCCUACAACAAGCGCAGCUACGCCUUGUGCUGGUGUUCGCGAAGACGUACCUCAUGCGUAGCGGGCCCGUCGGGGCCACGGCAGGCGCUCUCGCCGCCACCGGGGCGGCCACCACCGUCAACGACGACAUGCAGCAGAAGCGCAGUGCAGCGGGCAGCGCAUUACCUGUCAGCACGGGAGACAUGGCCACACUGUUGCAGGAAGCGGUGCAGCUGCUUCGCGGCAGAGGCGACCUACAGGAGAUAGAGCAGAGCUUCUUCACGGUGUUCCCGAGCCAGGUGCGGCCGUCCAUAACAGGCGACGGUGGUGAUAUCGGCACCUCCACGAUGCUCCGCAUAUGCGGUCGCGGACGGAGUGCUUUCACGACGGGUCGCGCCUCCGCUAAGCCGGUGCGAGUUUUCGGCAAUCCCAGCGCCUUGAGCGGCGGCGAAGGCGAGGAUGCCGAGGACGUCGCAGCCAAGAUGGAAGCAGCGCAGAAGCGGCUGCGGUGGAACUUGCUGUGUUUUGCGGGCGCGCAGCUCCUUCAGAACGACCACGAGCAGGAGGGCAUGGAGGUCAUAGAGAGCGCUGUAAAAGAGCUGGUGCUCGGCAAGCAUCGCCACGUGGAGCGCAAUCAGCGCGCCACCCUUGCGGCGGCGCUGUGGGUGGGGCUUAUGCUCGCAAAGAGCAGAAUGCAGCCGGGGCAGGUGACAGAUAUCAUGCCCAUACUGAAGGAGAUGGCUGACCGCGUCGUCCGCACCCGCGGUCCCCUGCACCCGCUCGCUGCCAGGGCCAACCUGCUCUACGCCUACGUCGCGCACUACGUGACCAAUAGCCGGCACAGCGCCAGCCUAGCCACGCGCAGCUUGGCCGCCUUGGAGCGAGGGGUCGGGCCGCAGUCCUACGACCGGCUCAUGGCCCACUACGUGGUUGGAUUGAUGGCCGAGGCACAGCAGCGUUGGCAACCUGCCAUCGAGCACUUGAGCGCCGCGUACGCCAUUGCGCAGACAAACCGCUUGGCCGAGGAAGACUUGAUCUUGAUGGACACCCAGUUCCUGGGCGCGGUUCUGCUCUGCCCGCCGACGGCGGUGCUCGACCUCGACACGGCCACUCUUUGCGCGCGGUUCGAGGAGCGCCUGCAGCGCCUGCGAGAGCGCGUCGGCCCGCACAGCGAGAAACUUGUGAUGCCGCUGUGGAACACGGCGGAACUGUUUUACUUGCGGAAGAACACGGACAGUGCCAUCGAGUGCCUGCAGCAGACUACGCGGCUGCUGGACCACCGCGGUGUCCUGCUCGUAUCCACCGAUGUGCUGAAGCCAAAGGAUGUGCUUAUGUUGGAGCAGCAAGAGGCGAUGGGCGGCAGCGCUGGUAACGAGGGUUGGGGCGGCAGGGCUAUCCGCAGCUGCGCUGCGCAGGCCGCCGAGGCCCGCGAGCGUGGCGAGCACCUCGUGGCCCAGCGCAACGCUCUCGUCCAGACCUCCUUCGACACCGUCUCGCAGGCCUUGCACCUUGCCACGACGCUGUUCAUGUGGGCAGCCAUGCUUGAGUCGCAAGGCUGCACGACCGAAGCUCGAGAGAAAUACGGUCAGUCGCUCGCCCUCUACGAGGCGUCCCACCUCGGCGACAACUCGCUCGCCGCCGUGCGCAUCAUGGAGGCGCUGUCCAAGCUGCUCUAUACUGUCGGCGAGUGCGGCGAUGCUCUGAUAUGGGCGCGCAAGGCGGUCGAUCUGCUGCACAUCCACUACCCCAAAGAAUGGUCGCUGGAGCACGCGGCGGCGCGGAAGCUCGUGGAGGCCACGGAGCAUCGCCUGCUUGUGGUGGAGGGCACGUACGUGGUGCAGAGCGGGCUGCCCAUUCACAGCGAGUUUGUGGAGCUCCUGUGA